CUUCAUCUUCAUCCUCGCCGCCGCAGUUCCCAAUUCUAGAGAGAGAAGCAGAUUACCAGUAGAGAGAGAAACAAAACCGAUGGGAAAUUGCCAAGCCGUAGACGCAGCAUCUCUAAUCAUACAACACCCAGCCGGAAAAAUCGACCGAUUAUACUGGCCAGUGAACGCCGGCGAGAUUAUGAAGUCAAAUCCCGGCCACUACGUUGCUCUUCUCAUCUCCACCGAAAUCUGCUCAUCGGAAACCUCUGACCUUCACUGCCGCCGCCGCGAUAACCACCGGCAAACAAACAGCACGAAUUCCAACUCGGUCCGUUUAACCCGAAUCAAGCUGCUCAAGCCCACCGAUUCCCUCGUUCUAGGCCAAAUUUACCGCCUCGUCAAAACCCAAGACGUUUUGCAGGGUUUGAAAGCCAAACAGGAAGCGAAAAUGAAGAAAAACAUGUUGGAUUUUGAGGGAAAACUUCAAAAAUUUGAGAAGGAAACUGAAGGAGAUAGUAAUCAGAUAAUGAAAAGUGAGAGAAACAGAGCAGUGUGUUCAUCGGCUAAAUCGAGAGGAUGGCAGCCGUCUCUGCAAAGCAUUUCAGAGAGUGGAAGCUAAGGAUUUAAGGUUUAUGAUUCGAAAAUGUAAUGAUGGGAAGAAAUUGUGGGAGUUUUAGAGUGAGAUUUGUGCAUAAAAAGGUGUAGUUCUUACAGAAACAGAGCAGAGGUCAAAGGGAA